UACAUAGCUAUCAAAAGAAGACAAUAUAUAGUAUGAAUCAGGAAAAUGCUGAGCUAAUUGCUUUACACAUCGGAGCCUUUCGGGGGAUUAAUCGCAACUGUUGACCUCAAUGCUUGCACAUCGCAUAAAUAGUUAUUAGACAACUAUGGAAUCAGAUCCUUUUUUAUCGUCUUUUGAGGUCGAUCCAUAUGUUCAAUAUUAUAUGCCGGAUAUGGAUGAAUAUAGCAUGGGUUUGGAGGAAUCCAACACAGCGUAUAGUGAAAUGGAUGAAAUAGAUGAAAUGACCGAUCAAUAUAGUCCAACCCAUGAAUUAAUGAAGAAUGGUGGCAAUCGCAUAUCGGACGAGACAUUAUCGGAAAUGUGUAACUCAUAUUACAUGGCAUCCUUUCCACGAUGCAGUGCAUUCGACAGUGGUGCUUAUUAUUUAGUUCAGGCAGAGGUGUUAGUAGGAAAGAGAAGGUAUAGGGAGGCCCUGGCGGCAGCCCUGGUUGCUGAACGCAUAUGCGGACCGACCAAGGUAACUGAUGCCGUAAAGAUGAUAUGUGUAUAUCAAAUGAAUGAUGAGGAACGGUUUAAGGAACUGAAGAGACUGAUGAGCAUAUCAGGGCUUGGUGGAUUAUCGGAAACCCUCAUGAAGCAAACACGGGGCACCAUAGAAGUGUCAAACUGGGUGCCUGAGUUUCUCAAUUGUAUAGAACGCAUGAGCAAGCAGAAACACGAAAACAUUGACAGAUGUUAAGACGUUAGC